AAUCUUCGACUGAUAGGCCUAGGUCUCCGACGUGACUGCGCUGCCUGCAUUAACCCGCUCGAGGUCGAGAGCGGGCUGGAGACUCCAAUCUUCCGACAGUAGUACGGAGACUAAUAAAGCUGAUGUCUGUCAUUCAACUUCAAGAUCAAGAUCAAUGAAAUAUAGGCCUAAGGUGUGUAUUUCCCUACAAAGUAUCACUGGGGUAGUUCCUUAAAAAUGGAAUCGGCUGUGACAUCAAGCAAAUCAACUCCGGAAGAAGACCAUCCAGCCAGGUCCAAGCUUAAUCUCUUGAAGCAGGGAGCGGAAGCUAGGAUUUACAGAAGUACCUUCAUGGGUCGUAGCUCCAUUGUGAAGCAGAGAUUCAAGAAAGCCUACAGACACCCAAAGCUGGAUGCUAAGCUAUCACAGAAACGAACUGGUCAGGAGGUCAGGACUAUUGUCAAAUGCAGGAAGGCUGGAAUUACUACACCUGUGGUAUACUUUGUCGACAAUGAGACUCAUUCUAUUCACAUGGAAUACAUAGAGGACUCCCUUACAGUCCGCGAGUACAUCCAACAGAUUCAGAGCUCCGGAGCAUCUAUCGACGACGAAAGACUGGUAUUACUUGCGUCUAAGAUCGGAGCAACCCUAGCAUCUAUGCAUAGUGUGGAUGUCAUCCACGGCGAUCUAACGACCUCAAAUAUGCUUCUACGUCAGCCGUAUGAGGAAUCGCAUCUGAUCAUGAUCGAUUUUGGACUAAGCCAGAUAUCACAUCUGUGGGAGGACAAAGGGGUGGAUCUGUACGUGUUGGAGAGGGCUUUUCUAAGCUCACACCCAAACACUGAGGAGCUGUUUAAGAGAGUUCUUAAUGUCUAUACAGAGAACUACAAGAAGUCUGGUGAUGUGAUGAAGAAGUUGGAGGAAGUAAGGCAACGCGGCAGGAAGAGGGUGAUGGUCGGCUAGCAGCUAUAAUCAACUGCAGUUUAUCAUGUUGUACAUAUAUUUUAUUUUGUUAAUGUAAGAGAUGUCUCGAGAACGUUGGAUCAUAAAUGUGACUCGUACAACCCAAACCAGCAAAAGUUGCCCAAAGUUAAUUUUGAGAUUUUUAUUUCAACUUGAAGAAAAAAAAACACAUCCUAAGUUUUUUAAAGUGAGAUAGAUAUUACUUUUCAAAGUUGACCAACAAUAUCACUCUUAAGUACUUUAUUGAAUGUAGAAGAAAUUCGAUGACACUGACUGACUUUAAAGAUUGAGAAAACAAGAUUUGAAGUUUGGGGUCCGGCUCACUCUAACAUGAGAUGUGCACACUGCACAAUCUUUGUGAAACAUGUGAGCAAUCCGGAGAAAAAGUUGUGUCAAAGAUUGUUGUAUGCCUCAUCUUCUAUUUAUAUUUACAAUUUUGACAGUGAAGAAGCACAUUUCUUCAGAUAAGCUUAUUUUCAAAUUUUACCUUUUGAAGAACAAAUUACCAUUUUGGCUAUUUACAGAUAACCUUCCCAAUC